AUGUCUGUCACGACGAUUGGAGAACUAGAUCUUUUGAUUCAGAAAGCUACGAGCGAAAGCAUUCCGAAUGGUGAGCUGGAUUUACCUUCAGCGAUGGAAAUAUCCGAUGUGGUAAGGUCUCGUAGAGUAUCGCCUAAAGACUGUAUGAGAUGCUUGAAGAAGAGAAUCAUGGCCACUACAUCCAAUCCGAAUACUCAACUGGCAUCGUGGAAACUUGCUGAUAUUUGCAUAAAGAAUGGUGGGAUUCCCUUUAUUAAAGAAGUGUGCUCCCGUGAAUUCAUGGAUACCAUGGAAAAUGCCAUUCUCAAGAGUCAUAAUAACAGUGAGCUAGAGGAACUGGUUACAAAGCUAUUUUACGAGCUUUACGUUGCAUUCAAAAAUGAUUCGCAGUUGAACUACGUCUCAAGAGUGUACGAGAAGUUACAGGCACGAGGCGUUCAAUUUCCGCAGUCGGGCUUGGAUCCAACGAAUUCCAUGGCUAUGUUCGAUUCGCGUACUCCCGCAGAUUGGGUUGAUUCAGAUGCGUGUAUGAUUUGCUCGAGGAGAUUUACGCUGAUAAACCGGAGACACCAUUGCCGAUCCUGCGGCGGCAUCUACUGUCAGGAGCACUCGUCUCGUCGAAUCGAUCUCCCGGACUUGGGUAUCUACGAACCUGUGAGGGUGUGUGAUAACUGUUAUGAAGAUUAUGACUUAAAGAAGAGUAGCACCAGCGGAAAGAAAAAGCACCACAGCAAGAGGAAGAAAAAGGCUCGCAGUGACGAUUACGAUGAAGAAGAGCAGCUGAGGAAGGCCAUUGAGCUCUCUCUCAGGGAAUCCAAGGGGAGCAUCGAGCCCAUCGUGCCGGUUAUGCAGGGCAAAGCCGAGCCACAAGUACAGUCGAAAACAGUUGAGGAGGAAGAAGACCCUGAUCUUAAGGCUGCAAUCGAAGCCAGUCUAAAGGAGGCCGAGGAGGAAAGAAGGAGAAAAGAGACAUAUGCUGCACCGGCCCAACAAUCCCAACAGAAGCCGGUUUCUGCGUUGGGUGAGACUCCCACGACCCCAAAUUUUGAUUUGACAACGAGCGAAGAAGAGGAUAUUCAUCUCUUCGCAUCACUGGUGGAGAGAAUGAAGACACAGUCCGCAACAGAAAUACUCGAGGAUAAUCAACUUGCGAAGCUUUAUCAAAAAGUACUCGGUACCAGACCAAAGUUGAACAACGCAUUAAAUGACUCGGUGCGGAAGUACAACGCUCUAAUAGACAUGAACACAAAAAUUUCCGAUAUCAUGACGAUAUACGAUACUCUACUGGAAAGACAGUUGAAUAGCAUUAACCUGUCAGACCGUUAUUCUGUUCCUCAAGCCCCUUCAGAUCCAUACUCGUAUUAUCAAGAGAAUUCUGGUGCUUACCAUCAGAGAGAACAGUCAAGUCAUUACCAGCAACACAUUGCACUGCCAGCGACGUCACAAACGCAGCAAUCACAGCUUCCAGCAAAACAACAAGCCGGCGACCGCCUGCCUGAGUCACAUCUAAACCAGAUUAAAGAAAUCGAUUUAUCUCCAAGCCAACAGACCAAUGCAUUACACCUCCCAUCUGAACCUCCGUAUCCUGUGGCAGAGGACGACGAAGCAGUACCUGGGGACCGUCUGGAUCCAAUAUCUAACGAACUGGAUGAAAGGGUCACCAGGCCUGAAACCUUAGCGACAUCAUCAAACUCAAGCCGAAAGCUUUCGAAUGGCGCACCCUAUCCUAUGGAGGAUGAUGAGUCUGAGCAUGUAUCUCAGCCAAAAAACUCUAUCACGAAUUAUAACUUCCCGACAGUACCGGUGCGCAAGAUUGUACAAUCAGAGCCAUCACCUGGCAUACAGGAAAAUGUCCCUGCGCCUUCGCAAUCAGAGGAGAAACUGCUCAUUGAGCUAUGA